CCCAUCUCCACUAGAACUUUUUUUUCCACCGUACGCUACUUAUAUCAGCAGGCGAGGUCUCGCCACCAGGGGGCCUAGCCAUUACAGGAUGGGCUUUCAUGCUAUUAAGCUUCCACAGGUGCCAGCAGUCCCAUUUUGGUGCACCAUCCUACUCCUCCUAUGCUUGCUUCUCUCCUGCUCGCAGGCAAAAUCAGCAUGCAAAUGCCCCAGCUCCGACCAGGAUCCCAGCAACAUGUACACCUUGAGCAAUACCUUCGACAACCUUCAUAGCUACCUGCUUCCGGCAAACUCGAGUUCUACGUUUCCAUCAGCUGGCCUCGGGUCUUACAAGAAACUUCCUACUUCGAAGCUGAACUUAUCUGAACCGGGGCUCCUCAUCCUUCAUGAUCAAUUGAUCAAGCUGUGGGCGGAACCAACAAGCGGCAAUUGGACGACGAUCCGCGAGGCAUCCUUCAGCGUCGAAUUCACCAUGAGCAUCUACCAACCAAACAACCAGAAGACGCCAGGUGGUGGUAAUUUGAUCAUCUUCGCCAUAAUCCCUGCCGACUUUCUGUAUGCGUAUGGGUAUGGCAAUGGGUCCUUUGCUAUUGCUACACAACUCAAUUCCUCCGCCUGUGACAGAUUUGAGCCUAUCGUGGAUGCCACCAAACUCGCGGGCAACCAAUUCACCAUCAUGGCCGGUAGAUAUCAUCAGAUGAUACUUAAUGAAACUGUUAUGUGUGUGGGAAUUGACAUAAAGCCGUUGGGGGCAGUCGAUUCAAUUAAGACAAAGUACAGUGUUUCGAUUGACUACAACUCUAUCGGCCAUAACAUGACGGUCCAGGUCAGCGUCGUCGAUGGAGGAGAUGAAAGAAAGCAAAGCAGCGGCAGCAAGCAACGCGUCAGCUUCAGCAACAUCUAUUCGCAGUUUGGCUUCUUCAGCUUCUACUCCUCCAUGGGGCAGCUCUUUCAACUCGACACCUUGAACUCGACGGUCGAGCGGCUCUCCGAAACAAUCCCUCACAAGAAGAAAUGGACUACUACCAUUAUAUUGUCCUCGGUUCUCGGAUCAGCAGCUGCCACCGUGGUCACGGCAGCUGUUGUGUAUUGCUACUUUAACUCCAAGUACAGGGGGUGGAAGAAGGAGCUGGAUCAGCUGGCCAAGUCCAUGCAGCUCCUGCCAGGUGUGCCGACUCAAUUCAACUUCAAUGAUAUUCGAAGAGCAACCAACAACUUUCACGAGACGACGAAGCUGGGGCGAGGCGGGUUUGGCGCUGUGUAUAGAUGCAGGCACCCUGGCCCCAAAAAGAGUGAGGCGCUGGAGGUCGCCGUUAAGAAGUUCAGUCGGGAUGACAACCGACGUUACGAGGACUUCCUAGCAGAGGUCAGCGUCAUCAAUCGUCUCCGCCACAAGAAUAUUGUCCCUCUCGUUGGGUGGUCUUACAAUAAAGGAGAGCCCUUACUUAUCUACGAGUACAUGCCUAAUGGUAGCUUGGACCAACAUCUCUUCGGCAGGAGCGGUGGUAAACAGCAGCAGCCAACUCAGAUUAACAGGUGGGACACUCGUUAUAACAUGGUGAAGGAUAUUGCUACAGGACUGCACUAUGUCCAUCAUGAGUACGAGCGUAGGGUGCUCCACCGUGACAUCAAGGCAAACAACAUCAUGAUCGAUUCCGCCUUCCGAGGACGCCUAGGGGAUUUUGGACUUGCCUGUGUUGUGGCCGAGGGAAAGAACUCCUAUACUGACAUAGGCGCCCCUGGAACCCUUGGCUUCAGGGCACCUGAGUAUGUUCAUAGCGGAAAGGCCACAACCAAGUCGGACAUCUUUGCAUUUGGGGUCCUCAUCCUGGAGAUUGUAACAGGCAAGGCGGCGGUUGAUGCGCAGUUCUGUCAUGUUACAGAUUGGGUCUGGCGUCUUCACAAGGAGGGUAGGCUACUCGAUGCUAUUGACCACCCUCUGCUGACAACCGAGUUUGACGCCAGCGAUGCCAAGCGUCUGCUACUUCUCGGUUUGGCAUGCAGCAACCCGAACCCAUCGGACCGGCCGACAAUGGUGGAGGCUGUGCAGAUCAUAACCAAAUCGGCAUCGCCACCAGACGUGCCUCUUGAGAAGCCAAGGUUUGUAUGGCCACCAGAAGGGCUUUCCUUGAGCCCUGACGACAGCACAGAGCUGAGUAGUUUGGGCAGCAGUCUGACGGUCGGGAUCGAGAUGACUGCAGGACAUGGCUCUCCUGAGAACGGAGGCAAUUGUUUGCACCACCGACCCAUCACUCCUAUGGCAGGGCCUUCGCAGGAGCUCUUCUCCAUUUAUCACACUUCAUGCAGAGUAGCGAAUGAAAGGUAGUAGUUGAAAAUUCUUGGUACGUAUAUAUGCUGGUUGGUUGCGGCAUCGAUUUGCUCCGCUUCACCGAUGAAGCCUUGUGUGUGUUUGUACAAGUGUGUACCAUGAGAAAAUUUCCAAAUCCUGGCCACGCCAGUGAGGAAGAUCUUUUUUACCUCAGUCUGAAAUUCGCUUAUACGGAGGAGUUGAAUCUAGGAUAUAAGAGUGCUAUUAGAGCUAUCUAACCAAAUCAGCUAGAGGUCCAUUCGCAUAACAAUCUUUAUGAAGUAGUUGAACGUGGAAGCAGGCCAAUGUACCCAACUCAAGUUUGCUGCUUGUUUGAGACCUUCAUCCAUUGUGUUUGUCA